CAAGUUCCAAUACACACAAGUGCUUUAUUUAAUCUUUGUAAAUACGUUCUCAAAUUCGUUAAUCUUUGAUGCGUUAUGUCAAUGUCAAACAUCCAAAAAUCAAUCAACGACGUAGAUUUUCUGUCAUUUCCAUUCUUACAACGGAGAAGUGUACGGAAAGUGUUGAUCAAUUAUUGAAGUAAAUGUUUAAUAUUUUUCCGUAUUAAAAUAAAGAAUCUAAAGGUUUAUAUAACAGCUUAUUUAUCGGAAUAUAGUAUUGAUUACCCAUAAAAUCCGGAAAAUAUAACGAUGGAGAUGGAUGAAGACGAACAUGUCGGCGCAAAUGGUGACCGUUUCGUUCACCGCUUGAAAGAGUUGUCAGCUGCAGAACAACAAAACUUAGAAAAUCAAAAUUCACGUAUCGUUCCUGAAAUUAAAGCGGUCAAAUUAGAGAAAGAUGCUAAACGUCACUGGGAUAUUUUUUAUAAAAGAAACGAAACUAAAUUCUUUCGAGACCGGCAUUGGACAACACGUGAGUUUCAGGAACUUAUUAAUUUUGAUUCUGAUGAGCGUAUUACAUACUUAGAACUUGGCUGUGGUGUUGGAAAUAUGGUAUUUCCACUUAUUGAAGAAGGCUUUUCGAACUUUUACUUCUAUGCAUGUGAUUUCUCCCCACGUGCGGUUGAAUUUGUAAAACAAAAUAAGUUGUAUGACGAAAACCGAAUUAAAGCAUUCUGUGCCGAUUUAACUACAAAUGAUUUAUUUGACAACGUGACCGAGAACAGCAUUGAUAUUGCGAGUCUUAUUUUUGUAUUGUCUGCUAUUCAUCCCGAGAAAUGGAUGCACGUUGCAAAAGUAGCAUUUAGGGCGUUACGGCCUGGAGGCGUGCUAUUAUUUAGAGAUUAUGGUAGAUACGACAUGGCUCAGCUUCGCUUCAAACCCGGGCAUAAGAUAUCCGAUAACUUUUAUAUGCGGCAAGAUGGCACAAGGAGUUAUUACUUCACGGAAGAGGAGCUAUCUGCAUUAUUCACGGAGGCAGGCUUUGAAAUUGUCAUGAACACAUACAUUCAACGGAGAACUGUUAACUUCAAAGAAGGCAUUGAUGUGCCACGCAUAUUUGUCCAAGGAAAAUAUAGAAAACCAACAACAGGAUGAAUGUUGAUGAACAUCCCGUGAAAUUACCUAAAAAUUAUCCAGCUUGAUGAACUAUUCUUUUUGGAAACUAAUAGUUUAGGAUUUCAUAUCUGAAUAUUGGAAAAUGUUUACAAAACACAAAACGUCUUUGGAAUGCAGCUUAAAUAUGCAUGUUGAAGAUAAAACUUGCAAUGAUUCUACAAACAUGGCUAUUAAAGAUAUGCUGGCAUUUCUUGAAGAUGCAAAAAGAAAUAAAUCACAAGAAGAAAAGCCAAGAGGUGAUAUAAUAUAUAAGU